UGCCGGUUACGGCUUGCAGGAAAGAUGGAGUAUCCCGCAUUGGGCAUCGUGGAGGCCGCGGACAGCGGAGGGGCCCGACCAUACAACAGUUCGGAGGAGCGAGAAGGCCGGGAACAGGACGGACUGCGCUUCGACCGCGAGAGGGCGCGCCGCCUGUGGGAAGCAGUGUCUGGGGCCCAACCAGUGGGGAGGGAGGAAGUGGAACACAUGAUUCAGAAGAACCAGUGUCUGUUUACCAAUACUCAGUGUAAGGUUUGCUGCGCCUUGCUCAUUUCUGAGUCCCAGAAGCUGGCACACUACCAGAGCAAAAAACAUGCCAACAAAGUGAAGAGAUACCUAGCAAUCCAUGGAAUGGAGACAUUAAAGGGGGAAACGAAGAAGCUAGACUCAGAUCAGAAGAGCAGCAGAAGCAAAGACAAGAACCAGUGCUGCCCCAUCUGUAACAUGACCUUUUCCUCCCCUGUCGUGGCCCAGUCGCACUACCUGGGGAAGACCCACGCAAAGAACUUAAAGCUGAAGCAGCAAUCCACUAAGGUGGAAGCUCUGUCGAAACGCCUUACAAACCCUUUCCUUGUGGCCUCCACCUUAGCCUUGCACCAGAAUAGAGAAAUGAUAGACCCAGACAAGUUCUGCAGCCUCUGCCAUGCGACUUUCAACGACCCUGUCAUGGCUCAACAACAUUAUGUGGGCAAGAAACACAGAAAACAGGAAACCAAGCUCAAACUCAUGGCGCACUAUGGGCGGCUGGCCGACCCUGCUGUCACUGACUCAUCAGCUGGGAAGGGUUACCCCUGCAAGACGUGUAAGAUAGUGCUGAACUCCAUAGAACAAUAUCAAGCUCAUGUCAGCGGCUUCAAACACAAGAACCAGUCACCAAAAACAAUGUCAUCACCCCUGGGCCAGAUUCCAGUGCAAAGGCAGCCCAUUCAGAAAGACUCAGCCACCUUGGAAGACUAGAGGUGUUUCUGUCCAGCACCCCAGGUUGAACCAGCCGUGAGCCAGCUUCCUGUGACCAUGGUCAGCCCUUGGCUCCCUCUUCCUCCUUUCUUAUACCAGGAGAAUACACAGGCCUCAGACAGGAGUGGGCCACAGAUAGCCUCUGAUUGGUCCAGGCUAAUCCACCCCUGCUCUUCCCCUUUGGAAUGGGCCCUCUAGGUUAGGACAAGGGAAGGGAGUGGAUCUUGAAAGGACAUGGGACCUCACAGAAUAGUAGUUUGGAGGAUGGCCUUUCUUUUUCUCCAGGCUCUUUGGGCCAUAUGUCAUAAGCCCCAGGCCUGUCUUUCCUUUGCAGGUCAGUUUUGAACUAGUCUUUAUGGCUAAAGAACUGAGCUGUCCCUGGGCUCCAGACAGCUGCAGUGAAACCUGGAGCUUUCACACCAGAGUUCAGCCUAGAUGGGAAAGGGCAGAUGGAAGUGGCUGCCCCAUGGGAGCUUGGAGCUAAUAUGAUGCACUCCCUUUCCCCAAAAAAAUGCAGGCUUUCCUGAGCCUGAGACCACAUGCUGGCCAGUUACACAGCUUUCUGCCCAUUAUGAAGUCUCCUCCUGGAGCAAUGACACAGUCCUGGCAGAGCAGUGCUGUCCUUCCUGCCUCUUCUCCACAGUUCCUGAAUGGUGCUAAGGAUCUGCAUCAGCUGGGGAAAAGCUAGAGCUGGAGGAGGUCUUGGUAUCCAGCAGGAUUAUGAAACCUGCAAGGGGGGCCUUUCCCCUCCUCCAUCAGAGAGGUGCUCUGACCCAGGGUCAUGUGGGAAAGCUCCCACAUGCAAGUUCUCUUGAUGAAUCUGUGCCCUUAAAAGUGAACUAUCUCAUGCCAGCCAGCUCAGAGGUCCAUUGCUACUCCUUGGCUCUACUAGCCCUCUCUUUCUUCUUGUGCAGGAGACCACCUGCCCAGGUUGCUGUGGUGCUAGCCCUCUUCCAUUAUCCACCAGGAGAUUCCUGGGUAGCAGGGAAAGAAAGGAGAGCCGGUGCAGGUUUCUGCAGUAAGGAAACAGAUGUUCCCCAGGCCCCAAACCUAGAUUUCUCCAACUCUGCUGUUUAAUGGCCUGGGAUUUCACUGGGAGUGGAUAUUUCCUUAUAGCUUUCAAGCAGGAAUUCCGAGGAGUGUCACCAUCAUAGGCCCCCCCUUCACUGAGUCAAAGAAGCUCCUAGCUGCUCUUACGGCCUCUUCCCCCCACCCCGCCCAUUACCUAUUCCUUUGCCUGUGAAAUGCCUUUAUGUAUUGUGUAUGGGUGUGUGUGCGUGUGCUUAUGCUCUGUCUCUUGGUCACUGAAGCAUCUAAAUAAAGAAUUUCUCCCAUGA